UUUCUGGAAAGUGUAAAUGUCACAUAUAUUGAUCGCACUGGAGACAAAAUAAAAGUUAGAGGGAAAAUAGGAGACAACUUGCUAUACUUGGCACACCGUUAUGGCAUAGAAGUGGAGGGUAAGCUACAUGUUUUACAACUAAGCUAAUUAAUUUGCUUUUAGUAAUGGAAAGUGCCCAUUAACCACUGGCAAUUGCUUUACUUUCAAAAGAGCCAUUAAGGAUGCAAGAUAUUUAAAACAGAAAGUUAAUACAUAGUAGAUUUAAGUGAAACUCGAAGCAAAUUAACAAGGUGUUACAAAUAUGAAAAUGUAUUUUCUCAAACUGUGUUUAUUGCUGCCAUGACCAAGGAAGUUGAAGGUUGAAGGGCUGGAUUUAUUUAUGAUGGAGCAAUCAGGAUUGAGGUCAACCAUGCAUAUAUGAGGAAUGUAUCAUUAACAUUUAUACUUUAUGAUGUUUGAGUAAAGAAACUUUCAGAAAUUAUUCUUGUUUUAAAGGAGCAUGCGAAGCAUCAUUAGCCUGUUCCACGUGUCAUGUCUAUGUUAAGGAAGAUUUUUUGGAAAAGCUUCCUGAACCAGAAGAGAAGUAAGAUUUAUUUUAGGAGAUUUUUGUUACUCAGUGAUAGUCUAUAAAAAAAAAUGAUUUUGUCUUAUCCCAUGUAACAGGCAUCCUCAUACUUCUGAUAUCCUUUGAGUGGUGCCUACUUUUAUGUGCUAUUUUGAUAGUUGAACCUGUCCUGAUAAAUAAAUUGUCACUUGGUAUCGAGGUGUUUUCCUCAAAAUCAUUUUCUCAAGCCAUUUAAAAGAGCCACAUUUUAAAGUUGUUCAUAAUUAUGUACACCUUAACUAGAUUCAUGAAUAAAGUAAUUUUUUUAAAAAAAACUGUGGUGUUGUGUAGGUAGGGGAGUAUAACAAGAUAAUUUGGCUUUAUCAACUGAGUUGCUAAUGUAAAUUGGCCACUGUGAAGAGUUUUAAAGCUGAUGUUUUGAGCAUUAGCCCUUAGUUUUUCUCCUCCAAAAAAAUAAACUCUAAACCAUAAAUAGUAAAGAUUAACCUGUAGUUGUUUAAUUCUGUAAAUAUUAUGAACUUAACUAGAAUUAUGUCUCCAGGGAGGAUGAUAUGCUGGAUAUGGCUCCAUUUCUUCAGGAAAACUCAAGACUUGGUAAGCAGUACAAUGUAAAAGUACUAUGCAGUGUCAUUGAAAAGGAGUUACUAGGUAUUUGAAGUUCUGCACAUAACAUAUGAUAGAGCCUGUUGUUUACAGUUUUAGUACCUCAUGAUUGGCUACUGUCAGUAAGUUGGUUUUUUUUUGUCAUACAGAAUUAGAAUUUUGUACUCUACAGUGUGGAUGUGUGUUUAAUGCCAUAUAUUUUGCAUACUUCUUUGAUAAUAUUUCAGAGCUGAAAAAAGGGGUUUCCAACAAUUUGAUUCAUGAAAAAAUAAAUCCAUAGUGCUGAUAAAAAUAUAUCAAUCAAUUUUUGCCUAGCUACCUUGGACAACAAAUCAAAUGUCUAAGCAAAAUUAGCUCAACCCAUCUGGAAGAUAUGGAAGCCAUUUCAAUAAGUUCACUAUCAAUUAGAUCCGGCAUAAAAUUUAACCAAGGUGCACAUCAUUCUUUUUGGCGUAAAAGUUCUUUCAAGUUUGCCAUCAAUCGUUUCUGCAAUAAAUUGUGACCCAAGCCCAUGUUAUUAUUUUUUGCAAAAAAGUGUUAUCAAAUCUGAUGAGGUCUUUGAGUAUGAUAUACUCUACUUUUCUUUUUUGUUUUUACUGUGAUACUGUCAGUUGAUGUAGUUGUGUUGCUGAACCCCUAAUGUAAAGAGCUGUCUCCUUUGCUCUGCUGAUGGAACUGACAAGGAAAUUUGUAACAAAUAAGAAAACCUUUUACUAUUACAGUUAGAUUAGACUAAUCAUACUAUAUAUAACAACCUUGCAUAUUCUUGUUGAUGAUACAAUUCAUUGAUGUUGACAAACUUUUUUGUGGAAGUUACAUAUCAAAUUGUGGAGGUGCGGUGGCCUCAUGGUUAGUGCGCUCAACUCUGGAUCGGGUGGUCCGGGUUCGAGCCCUGGCCGGGGUCAUUGUGUUGUGUUCUUAGGCAAGACACUUUACUCUCACAGAGCUUCUCUUCACCCAGGUGUACAAAUGGGUACCAGCAAAUGUGCUGGGGGUAACCCUGCGAUGGACUAGCAUCCCAUCCAGGGGGGAGUAGCAAAACUCCUAGCCGCUUCAUGCUAAGAAAACCAGAGUUAAGCACUGGCCCCAUGGCCCACUUGGGCUCAUAUAAAGGCUUUACUUUACUUACAUAUCAAAUUAACCUCUACUUAAGUGAAUGGGAUUUUGUUGAUGUGUUUCCUCAGCGAGGAAGGUCAGCCUUAGUCUUUUUGUGAAAUCAAUGUAUUCCUUUGUACUACCAGGUUGUCAGAUCAUACUAAACAAAGAUUUAGAGGGACUUGAAGUAACUCUACCAAAAGCAACCAGGAAUUUCUAUGUAGAUGGGCAUGUUCCACAGCCCCACUAA